UUCCGGGUCGAAUCACGUAAAGAUCUGUUUGCCCUUACAGCAUUUCCAAAAGAGGAAAUUAUUCAAAUGGCAGCCUCUGUUCUGAAAGCCGGUUCGGAGAAGAUCGGCACCGCCAUGAGAAAGCAGGUGCUAUCCUUAACGGACGCCGCAGCCACUAGGAUACGCCAUCUCCUAGAACAGCGCCAGCGCCCUUUCCUCAAGCUUGGAGUCAAGGCCCGAGGCUGCAACGGCUUAUCCUACACUCUCAAUUACGCCGAUGAGAAAGGGAAGUUUGAUGAGUUCGUUGAGGACAGAGGUGUUAAGAUAUUGAUUGAUCCAAAGGCUCUCAUGCAUGUAAUAGGAACAAAGAUGGAUUUUGUUGAUGACAAACUCAGAUCUGAGUUCAUAUUCAUAAACCCCAAUUCUAAGGGGCAGUGUGGCUGUGGAGAAUCUUUCAUGACAACGAGCAACUCAGAAGCUACUAAGCGUGGUGGUGGUGGUGGAGGAGUAUGAGAUAGAUAUGUCGACUUUACUAUGACUUGACUGCAUUUACAUUGUAAUUCCUGCCCAUAUUGGGCAACCAAGAAAAACGAGUUCUGUUCUGGAUUUAGUGUAUAUCAUUGUGAAACAUGGAUAGUAUCUUAGAGUAAUAAACUAUAGUCCAUGAUGUAAAUUGCAUUAUUCUUGUUAAAUCAGAUUGUUAUUUUAACAUGGAUAUUAUCUUAAGCUUCAAAUGAUCAAGCAAUCAGAUUAUUUUU